AUGAGCAGCCUGCUGGAGUAUGUUAGGCUCGCGGCUCGCGAGCGUGGUUCCAGACCCAUGCCGCCCCCGUCUCAUGUCGACCCGAACGAGCCGGACACCGCGACCCCGCACAAGCCUCCCCACCCUACUACAACAGCAGACGAACGCGUCUGGAGAGAUGGGCAGCAUGCGAUGACCUACAACGCGUGGCUAGCGAACGAGAAAGAGUUGGAUGACGCCUUCCGCAUCUGGCGAGAUACAGGCGAUGGUAGACGCGAGGUCGCAGAAGUGUACAACCGCUUCCCAGGUUUGCGGCUUACGUCCAUGGGCGCCGAGGACGUCUCCUGGUUCGUUAGGGAGAUGUCCACCCCAGACACAUACUUGCGUAAGACGUGGGAUGCCGCCUCUAGCGAUGAAAACACCAAGCCCGGGUUUACACUCGCGCAGCUCAUGCUCUUGAUGCUCUUGACGUCUCCUCAACGGUCGCUUGAGAUUGACGCAAUGUACCAGAAAUCAGAAGAGCUCUUUCCUUUCUACCGAGAAGCACCAUGGUGGGGCAAGCUAUAUGGACCCUUCGCUGUCGGCGGUCCUGGACUAACAGGCGACUACGACUGCCUUUUCCCCCACUGGGGUUAUCUCGAAGGCAAGAUCCCCGGCUGGCCUUCGCGUUCGGAGUGUGCCGCAAGCGGCAUUGACAGCUUCUACACUCUUCCGCCUGGUGAAGAAAACUUGCUCACGACCGACCGCUAUGGCAAUGAGCCAUUGCCAUUGUACUGCGAUGCACCGCCAUACAUCUCAGAAAGCCGCGUGUAUGGAGGAAUGAUUGCGAAGGGUAUAUCCGAUCUGCCACAAGAAUUGCUGAACAAGAUUAUCAAGCAUCUUGGCUUGUUCGAAGGCCCUGUCCUCAUGGCGCUGGAUCAUACGCGUUUAGACGACCUUCCUAAAGCCUUCCGCUGCAGGUUCGUACUUCCAAUCGAUCGUAUCCACAUUAGGGGUGUCGGCAGGGUCUGGGACAAGGAUGCUAGGCCCCACACGAGUAUUCCUGAGAUUCUCGGUCUUCGUAAGGUCUGCCGCGUAUGGGGCGAGAUGGUCCAGGACGUCUUCUUCCAGAACACCUUCGUGUUUCGGUACGACAACCAUAUGCCGAUAGAUUCAAGGUCUCAAAACGUGUGGGCCAUAUCCACGUCUGUAAGAGAGGACCGAUACAACCUGGUAGACUUCAAGGUCCACUGCGAACCCAACUCAAAGAACAGAUUAGCACAACGGUUCGAAAUUGGCUUCGACUACGAAGAAGAAGUAAUUCACCUCGGAGCCAGCCGCAAUACAGGCAGGAUGAUCUUCGGUACCGACACUCCUUGCCACCAGACUUUCGUUAAGAAAUGGAUCAACAACCAGCUGUUCUUGGAUGACGGGGGCCACUUGGCUGUGCGAGCCUUUCGUCUGAAAUUCGAUCCUGGCACCCAUGGAAGAGAGCUUUCCAGGCAAUGGCUCUCGGAUAUCUUCCAACACUUGCACAAGAGGGGCGUAAGCAGAAAGAUCGACAGCAAGACCCUGUUGCUCGACUGGAAUGCUCGAGCCCUGUGA